GUUGGUACCCAGUUGAAUACUACCUCCCGCUUAUCGAACACAAUGCGAGAAUACGCGCCUACCUAUCAUCACGAUCCUGUAGAAGCACAUCCCGUCAAAUCUGCACAAUCGUCGACUGCCCAUCGAUGCACGUAUUCGUACUACUCCAUCUACAGAACUAGGCUCCAACCAACAGAGACCUAUAAGUAGCCUCGACGAGUCUCGGUGGUCUUGUUAUCGAGACUUUCCACGCCCAAUCUUCAUUGAAAGAACACAAAAACCCCCUCCAAAGAAAAAUAAGCAAAUACGCAGAUAUGACAAGAUCUGACCUGUUCACCUCUGACCCAAACUGGACCGCCUUUGCCGAAAAGCAGGGCUACCUGAAACCAGCAGGGGCACCAUCACCGUCACCCAACGUCCCCGUCACACUGGACAUCCCUUCAGACCGCGCCGAGCAAGCCAUCGACGAGGCAAAAUGGUCUCAAGACCACCCUCUAUCGUCCGUUGGCUAUGACUCCCGGCUGUCGACCAUAACCGUGCGCGACGGCACCGCGAUCAGUGUGAAGAUUUCAUUCCCGGCUCGUCUAGCUAAUGAAACCCAGACCCAGACCCAGUCCGAAUCCAAAUCCAAACUUCCAAUCCUCUUCGUCACCCAUGGUGGCGGCUGGGUGCAGGGCACGCACGUCACCGAAGAAGCAUGGCUGUUGUGGCCGCUCUAUUCGCGAUUCGACAUGCUCAUCGUGAGUGUCGAGUACCGGAUGGCGCCGGAGCACCCCUUCCCGGCAUGGAUGGACGAUAGUUGGGACGUGCUUGAGAAGCUCCUCUCCGAACCUACCACAUUUCUAUCCCAUUUCUCCGCUGCUUCCGCUGAGUCGAGCAGCUCAAUGGGCAAUGUCGACAUAGAUACGGACAAGGUGAUUCUUCUCGGAUCCUCCGCUGGCGCAGGAACGGCUGCAUACCUUUCGCAGACCUGCCGGGACAAAAGCAUUCCGAUCUACGGCGUGGUUUUGAACGUGCCUUUAUUGUGUGACUACCGCCAUCUCCCUGAGGAUUGUCAGUCGAGCUAUGAGCAAGUCACGAGCUCGCUAUUGUCGGCAGGCGACAUGCGCGCGAUGUGGGACGUGAUCAUCCCGUCGCCAACAGUAGGAGCAGAUCCCAAAGCGAGCCCGUUGCUGGGCGAUGUCAAAGGUUUACCCAGACAUUUGGUUUUCGUGGCAGGACAGGAUCCGCUACGGGAUGAGGGAUUAAAAUAUGUGCAAAACUUGGACGAGGCCGGUGUGGAGGUCAAGCUGUAUACGUACCCGGGUGUGCCGCAUACAUUUGCGGAGUUCUGGGAAUUGGAUGCGACGGCGAGGUUUUGGGAAGAUCUCAGGAGCGGACUCAAAGAAUGGCUGGCGUAGAAGUAUCAGUGGCGACGCUUGACAAUACAGGUGGGUGGACGUUCUUAUUGUUAGAACUGUGACAAAGAGCUUCAACACGCAAGAAAAUCAGACAGACAAGGAAAUAGGAAAUCAUAUGAGAAGGCACCUUCGAGUGGCAUUCGAC